AUGCCAGACAUUUUCUACCCCAUAAUUUUCCAGCAAUUUAUGUUUGGUGCACAUGAGGAUGAAGAUGACACUCAUACAAAUCUGUUGCUGAGAAAAACCAUUGGAAAUGGUCCUCCUGAUUCCACGCAAGAAUUCGACUCAGAAUUGCCAAACCAGAAUGCUAACAACCAAUCAUUCUCUAGACAGCAUUGGCGUCUUCUACAAUGCCAAAAUGGUGACCUAUUUCUCGUAGCUCUUUUCCAUUGUUUAGCAGUUCAUACAGCAAUGACAUUCAAGGAAGCAUAUUUAAGACUUGAACUCGGAAUUGAUUGCUGGCUGCUAUUGAUCUUGCCACCAUUUAUUGUUUCCUUGAUGCAGCCAAGGAGCUGCAGUCGAGCAAUGAAGGCUGUAGGUAUUGUUAAGGCUACCUGUGAAGAAAUAUUUGAACUUGUAAUGAGCAUGGAUGGAACACGGUGGGAUUCCACUUUCCAGUAUGGUAGUUUAGUUGAAGAGGUAGAUGGGCACACAGCAAUACUCUAUCAUAGACUUCAGCUGGACUGGUUUCCAAUAGAGCAUGAAAACUGUGGUCCACAACCAGGUCAUGUGCGCGCUCAUGUUGAGAGUGGAGGUUUCUCUAUUUCCCAUCUGAAACAUCGUAAUGGGAGACCUAGAACACAGGUAACACAGAUUAUGCAGAUAGAUCUAAAAGGAUGGGGUGUGGGUUAUAUUUCAUCAUUUCAGCAGCAUUGUCUUCUUCAGAUGUUAAAUAAUAUCGCUGCACCAUAUGUUGUCACUCUCAUAUGCUUUGAACUACUUCCUCUCAUCUGGAAGACUGGGUUUGGGGACUACGUGAAUCGUGUGCCCAAAGAGAUGAAAGGGGUGCUCAUCCAAGAAUCCCAUGCUGUACCGAUGGAUGAAUACUCCGAUGAGGAUGAAGAAUUUCAAAUAGCCGAGGAAGAAGUAGAGAACAACUCAAGGAGAACAGGAAGUGCUCUACUGAUGGAUGAAUACUCCGAUGAGGAUGAAGAAUGUCAAAUAGCCGAGGAAGAAGUAGAGGCUUACCUAACUCAGCAUAAGAACAACUCAAAGAGAACAGCCUUGGAAGAACCAGUAGAUCAAAUUGAUUUAUCCUGUUUUUCUGGUAAUCUACAUCGUGAUGACCGUGACAAUGCCCGUGACUGCUGGAAAAUAUCUGUUGGAGACAACUUCAGAGUUCGUAGCAAGCGUUUUGGUUAUGACAAAUCAAAGGUUCCUGCAGGAAAACAUUUGAUGGAUCUUGUUGCUGUUGAUUGGUUCAAGGACACAAAAAGAAUGGACCAUGUUGCUAGGUGUCGAGGAUCUGCUGCACAAGUACCUGGUCCAACACACUACAGCAUGGUAUUUUACUUUGUAACAAAGGAAUUGGUACCUGGAUCGCUCUUGCAACGAUUUGUUGAUGGUGAUGAUGAAUUCCGAAACAGUAGGUUUAAGCUUAUUCCAUCAGUUCUCAAGGGUUCAUGGAUUAUGCGCCAGAGUAUUGGAAGCACCCCAUGUUUAUUGGGAAAAGCAGUUGACUGCAACUACAUCCGUGGUCCCAAGUACCUAGAAGUCGAUGUUGAUAUCGGUUCUUCUGCUGUUGCUACUGGAGUUCUGCGGCUUGUAAUGGGUGCAGUUACAGCACUGGUGGUUGACAUGGCUUUCCUAGUGCAGGCAAACACUGCAGAAGAAUUGCCAGAGCGGUUAAUUGGUGCUGUCCGUGUUUCUCAUAUUGAGCUUUCAUCUGCUAUAUUUCCCAAGUUCCAUCCAGAUUCAUCCCGACUAACGGAGAUAAUUCUCCAUUAA